AGGUCUGACCCAGUUCAGCAGCCGGCCCCUGAUGGGGGUCCCCCCUGAUGGGGGUCCCUCCGGGUCGCCCCCUAACCUGAGCAGCAACCGGCGGCUGCAGCAGACCCAGGCGCAGAUGGAGGAGGUGGUUGACAUAAUGCGUGUAAAUGUAGAUAAGGUGCUGAAACGAGAUGAGCAACUGUCAGAGCUUGAUGACAGUGCAGAUGCACUUCAGGCUGGUGCCUCAGUAUUUGAAAGUAGUGCAGCGAAACUCAAAAGGAAGUACUGGUGGAAGAACUGCAAGAUGAUGAUCGUGAUGGGAGUGAUUUGUGCCAUUAUGGUGGUGGUGAUUGUAAUCUGUUUCUUUACUUGAAUGUAGCCCCUUCAGUCUGUGACCUACUAUCCCCUUGCCUGUCUCUUCUUGCCUCUGAAUCUUCCCUUCCACCUAGCUUUAUUGAUUCCUAUAUUGGUUCUGGUUUAUCUUCUAUUUAAGAUUCUGAAGUGCCCUACUGAGCAUGGGUUAGACUCUUCAGCAGCUGUUGCAGCUUUAGGGAGGGUCAUCUUAGUGUAAAGGAAUGGGAAGCAGGGAAGGAGUGGGGAGCUACUGCUCCUGCUCUUCUGCAGGGGAAUUUCUGUGGCUUAUUUUGGCUGUUAACUUGUCAACUAGUGCCUGUGUGAACUCUAGCAAAAUAAGAAUGCCUUAAUGCAGUGCCUUUGGGGAUGCAGGACUUCAUGUAAGGUUCUUGUGUUCUGCAUAAAGAAUGACAGCGUGACUUCAGCUUUUCGUGAAAUUACUGAGAUUUCUGAAAUUACUGCUAAUUUGAGCUGGUUAGCGACUGAUCCAUCUGACUGAGUUAGAUGUAGUCAUCUAGAUUUCUCUAGCCAUACAGAGAUGAGCACUUAAGGAAGCAAUUUAUUCUGCCAAUCUUUGUUUUAAGGUGACUUGCUCUCUGAAGGUGGCCCUUUAUUAUAAAAAAGGGUAGUCUGUAUGAUUACCUCAGUGAAGUGUAACAGACUGAACACAGUUAAUUGAAAGGAGUUUUGUUGCUUUCUGAAGGGCAUGUGUGGGCAUAAAAUCUGCCAGAAGGAACAAAUGAACAACAGCAAGGAGUAUGGUGUGGCAGGUGGGUGUGUAUCAAAUAUUCCUUUCAUCUAUGCAGGCACAAGCCAGGACCUUAUGGUUUUCUACCAACUUGUAGCUUUCUGGAAGACUUUGAGGUAGUAGUGGAACAGGAGUUUAGCUUUCCAGUGUUACUGUAUUGAAUGUCAAAGGAAAUCUACUACAUAAUAGAUGGAGGUGAAGGAGACCGGAGGUAUUCCAAAUAAGACUGAGUGAGCCACACAGCUUUCAUUAAGAAUACCUGUUCUGUUUUGUCUACCAGAAAGCCCUAAGUUUCAGCAGGAGGUAGGAAAAUACUGUUAGCUAGGGAUUCAAAAGGAAAUGCUGCUUUGGGCGUGGGUAUUGCAUCGGAUGCUAGCUUGGCAGCUUCGAUCUCUAGAGAUGUUGCCCAUAAAGCUGAAAUCUUCCUACUUGCCGUGGGUUCUUUUGAACUUAGACUUGGGGUGGUUUGUGCUGUAAAUAAACUUGUAGUGUGGAGCACUAUGGCUUUCUGUAAGCAAUCCCCAUGUUCCUCAGAAAGAAUGAGAGCUGUGAAUUGCUUGAAUGUGUUGUCAAACUGGGGUUAAAUGAGCUGCCCUGUACCUCAGUUUCUGCAGUCCUGUGAGGAGUGUACAGGAAGAACACCUAUAGAGUUCCCAUAUGGGAGUGAAGUACAAAAAGUGGGAGGAGCAGAUGCUUUUUGUUGCAGUGGGUGUGCUGGGAAGCCCCUUUCCCCCUCACAAGGUGUCUGAGAAGGGGCUAGAUUUUGCACGCUCACUUCCAUGCCCAAGCAUUUCAUUUACGCUGAGUUCAUCUCCUUGCAAUUCCAUCCCUCUCUGCCUUGGGUGAGGGCAGAGUUGAAGAUCUGGAGUGAUGCAGCCCUCGUCCCUUGAGCACUUUCCUAAUUCCCAGUGGAACUGAGGUGUGAUGGAUGGUCAGAAGUGCAUCUGCUGAAGAGGAGCCAGGGCCUGUUUGUACUACGUACUGCUAUCAUUUAGGGGGUGGGCAUACAAGCUUGAGGCCCCCAGACCAGCAGUUCUCUUGAACUCUUCUAAACAAGCCGUUGGUACCCCAUUCCUCCUGUUCGUAUGGGGGCUGAGGUCCCCUUAGGCUGUCUUUUCCAUUUCUUUCUCUUGGAUGUUGUAUGUUGCUGCUUCUUCUGCUAUCUUUCCCCUCCUUUGUGUCUCUGUGCAUGGGGGAGGAAAAAAAAAUCACCAAGGCCCUCUGAGUAAAAGCGAGGGAUUCUGCUGUCCACAGCAUUACAGCUAGUCCCGCACGUGCAGUUUAUUUCCUCUAUAAACAUGACUGUAAUCUCCUCUGGCAUGUUAUAGUAAUCAGCUCGUACUUUAAACAGUCUCUAAGAAACAUAAUUCACCACCUUA